UGAUGCAAAUGCUCAAACUCCUUUUGGAAGAUCUAUUCUUGGUCAACUUAAAUAUAGAAAUAUGCCCAAGGAAGGUCAACCAUGGACCGAUAAUGAGAUUAAUAUGCUUUCCACUUGGAUUUACGACGGUCAAAAGCGAGGAACUGUAAUUGAUCUAACAAAAGAAGAUAUCACGUUCAAUUCUCACAUGAAACCGUCAUUUCCUCCUAACGUCAUAAUUAACCGGUCUGAUGAACCGGUGAAUCCUCAGCCUUCUAAACUAAACUUUAAUGAUCACGUUAUAAUAAUGUUUGCACUUGGUCACAGAAAUGCAAUGUUAAAUUUUAGGUUGUUUGAUUUACACAAGUAUGAUGAUGUUAAUGCGAAAAAAGUUGAAAUCUUUCAUCGUUUAACGAGAACCGAAACUGAUACUACUGUUGAAUUAAUGCCCCAAAAUAAUCCUUGGCCUAGAAAAAAUAUUAUUCUAUUUUAUACCUGGGCAAUUCAAGGUCCAAAGUCUAGGGAAAGCUCAGAAAGUGCCGAUCCACAACCUUAUUCUAAGGAUGAUCCUGACUACGUAAAUCUGCAAAAUUAUCAUAAGCAAUAUCUUAGUUAUAUAGAAAAUGGAGAAAGAAAAGUUUAA